GACUCCAGCACCGACUCGGACCCGGACCCGGACCCAGAGCUUCUCCAGCAGCGGCGCAGGGAACAGGGCUCUUUGCAAUAACUUCCUCUGCGCGGCUCCGCCACCCCUGGGAGUCCCGGGUGCGCGCCUGCAAACUCCGCAACUCCGCCUUCUGCACCUGUCACCCCUGAGCCGCGCGGGCGCCCGAGCAAGUCAUGGCCAACGCGGGGCUGCAGCUGUUGGGUUUCAUCCUGGCCUUCCUGGGCUGGAUCGGCGCCAUCGUCAGCACGGCGCUGCCCCAGUGGAAGAUUUACUCCUAUGCGGGCGACAACAUCGUGACGGCCCAGGCCAUCUAUGAGGGGCUGUGGAUGUCCUGCGUAUCGCAGAGCACCGGGCAGAUCCAGUGCAAAGUCUUCGACUCCUUGCUGAAUCUAAGCAGUACUUUACAAGCAACCAGAGCUUUGAUGGUGAUUGGCAUUCUGCUGGGACUAAUAGCCAUCUUUGUGGCCACUGUUGGCAUGAAAUGUAUGAAGUGCAUGGAAGAUGAUGAGGUGCAGAAGAUGCGGAUGGCUGUCAUUGGGGGCGUGAUAUUUCUUUUUGCAGGUCUGGCUGUUUUAGUUGCUACAGCAUGGUAUGGCAAUAGAAUUGUUCAAGAAUUCUAUGACCCCAUGACCCCGGUCAAUGCCAGGUAUGAGUUUGGUCAUGCUCUCUUCACUGGCUGGGCUGCUGCUUCUCUCUGCCUUCUGGGAGGUGGCCUACUUUGCUGCUCCUGUCCUCGAAAAACAACGUCUUACCCAACACCACGGCCCUAUCCAAAACCUGCACCUUCUAGUGGGAAAGACUAUGUGUGACACAGAAGCAGAAGGAGACAUCCCUAUUGGAACAAACAGCAAAUGGACAUUGAAAUACUGUCAUUGACAUUAGGACCUUAGACUUGUGACUAUUGUAGUCUGAACCGUGGUAUUACAAAAACACAUAUUUUUUUAAAUACCCAUUGCUAGAAGUGACUUAGUCUUAUCUCCUUUCCUCAAUAUGGAAGGGAAGACUUUUCCAUUUGUAUUACUGCUUCCCACUGAGGAAUCAUCUCAAAUGUGGGGAGAGGGCGCUCCUUAAAUAUAUAUAGAUAUGUAUAUAUACAUGUUUUUCUAUAAAAAAAAUUAGAUAGUAAAAACUCUUAUUCUCAUUAUGUUGGUACCAGCAUAGCUAAAAUAUAUCUAAAUAUAUAUAUAUUUAAUUCUAUUUUAAUUAAAUAAGCAGUUUAUUUGGUAUAUUUCUCUCUCUAGCACUGCACAUAUAUGUUAGGUCAAAUAUUAUUUACUCUCCUUCAUCAGCUUUUAGAGUCUUUGACAGAAGCCCUAACCUACUCUACCAAGUAUGAAUUAUUUCAAUUCUUCACAUGUGCCCUUUUCAUAUGCUAAUUUUCUAUUCUUUUUUUUACUAUGAUCUUAUAGCACUUGCUUUGUCAUCAGUCAAUCAUUUUUCAUGCCUUUGUUUUUUUAGGAGGUUGGGCUUAACCCUUGAAUCUGAUAACAUUUCAUAUACCUGCAAUUUAAUUCCUAAAAGUUCAUAAGAAUCUCUUACAGAUCAGAGCUUUCGGAGCAAAUCUGUCUGCAUGACCAGGUGAUAUAUUCCUGUUGACCUUCCCACACAAUCCCUGUACUCUGACCUACAACACUCUUGUUUGCUUUGAAAAUAUUUGUCCCUUUGAGUAGCGGUGUGCUGCUUUCUCAGGUGUUGUAACAAUUUUAUUGAUUGAAUUUUUAAGCAUCUUAUUCACAGUUGUAUAUCCCCCCUAACUACCGAUUUCGUACCCCCCUCCUCACUUGUAGUAUUUUCUUAUGUGUAAUUAUCAUAUAGUUUACUCUUCCCAGAGAGGUAUGGCAUGUUUGUCUGAAUGAAAUGCUAGACUUUCUGUAGUGAUAAUCUGCUGACAAAUAUUCUCUCUGUCGCUGUAAGCAAGUCACUUAAUCUUUCUCCUCUUUUCCCAUCUGUCAAAUUGAGAUAAUGAUACUUAACCAGCUGGUAGAGGUGGAAUGAGUAUUAAUUAGCUGAUAUUAUGCUCAUUCUUUGAACAUGAAAUGUGCCUAAGUCGUGUUUUUAUUUGCUCAAUUGGCUGUUAAGAAGUCAUUGAACCAAACCUACACACACGCCUUCACAUUGUUCAGCACCUCCCUUUCUCCACUGGCCAAUUCUUUUCUUUUGGCUUUGGCUAGCACGUGGUUGGUGCUCUGUUCCAUUUUAACAAUUGCUCUUAGUUUUCCAGUCGGUGGAAAGUGCUCCUUCACUUGGGCAAGAUGAUGUAAUGGAAAGGGUGUUGGCUUUGGUGUCUGGAGACCUGAUUCGAGUCUUGGUGCUAUCAGUUACUGCGUGACUUUGGGCAGGGCACUUGACUGCCCUAGAUUGAUUGCUUCAUCUGUAAAAAGGGGAUUGUAAUUCCUGACCUGCCUACCUCACAGGGCUGUUGUGGGGAUCCGGUGAGAUGCAAGACGUGUAAAUGUGGUUUUGUAAGGUGAAAAGUCUUGUGCUAGUGGAAAAAACUAAGGAAUUUAAGUGCAUAGGUUUUGGAUUACUUUUCAAAUGACUGAAAAGAGGGAAAUUUUAAGAAAGAGGUUUCUCGCCUUAACCAGUCUCUGAAGUGAUGAGAAACUAGAGCAAAAUUCGGCUUACUAAAUGAAAAGGAUUCUAAGGACAUCUUAGUUUCUUCAAUCAGUAUGGCCUGAUGCUUUUUUGGGUCUAAGGGUUUCUCCUUUCAGGAAUGCAGACUUGACCUAGGACAAGUUUGCAGAUGUAAUGGGUGAAAGAAAAGUGUAAGUGUUGGCAAAGCCAAAGUAUAGAAGAUUUUUUGAAUUAUAAUAACCUGCAAAGGUAUACAAGGUGGAUAUCUGUUAAGUGAUGCCAUCAGAGGUGUGGCUAUUAGCUGGCAGCCAACACUGCUAGGAUAGUUAUUUUGGGAAUGGUAAUUCAUAGUGAAACCACAUGGCGGAAGUUAUCUAAAAGACUGCAUCAUAUGAGGAUUUGAACCUAGUACAUUUUAGAGUGUCUUCCACACCUGAAAGUCUAUGCUCCUAGAAGGCAUACUUCAAAGACCCUUUGCUCCAUAUGUAGAUCCUAAUGAUGUGUGAGUGUAAAUGCAUGUGGUUACUAGUUGCUAAACUCUACCAAGAAAUCUAAAGUCUAAAAUGGCCAACAGAAUUGUUACACCAGAAUUUAUCCAAUUUUGAUAUUUUUGUAUUCUAUUACCAUACCUGGAAACAGAACAAUAGAUAUUUGGGGGUUUUGUAAUGGGAAUUUGUAUAAAGCAUUAUGCUUUUUCAAUAAAUUGUUGGGUUUUUUUAAUAAAAAAAUAAAUACUUGG